AUGGCGGGAGACCUAACCAUAGCUGAAACAAAACCAAAAGAAGGAGGAGGUCCUUUGUCGAUCAUGUGCCCUACACUCACUGCAACAAAUUAUAUGGUAUGGGCCAUGAGAAUGAAGAUGACACUCAAGGUUCAUGAAGUUUGGGACGUUGUAGAAACAGGCACACAUCCUCUGGAUGUAAAGAAAAACAACAUGGCCAUGGCUUUGUUGUUUCAAUCGAUUCCAGAGAUGCUUGUCCUACAAGUUGGGGGGUUAGAUACGGCACAUAAGAUUUGGGAAGAAAUCAAGGUUAAACAUGUAGGAGCAGACAGAUUGAAAGAGGCGAGAUUACAGACCUUGAUGGCUGAGUUUGAACAAUUGAAGAUGAAGGACACUGACAAGAUCGAUGACUUCACGGGAAAGCUAUCAGAGAUUACAUCACAAUCAGCUGCACUUGGAAAGAGCAUUGAGGAACCUAAGCUGGUCAAGAAGUUUCUAAAUAGUCUUCCUCGAUCGAAAUUUAUUCACAUAGUAGCCUCUCUCGAGCAAAUACUAGAUCUAAACACUACAAGCUUGGUUGACAUAGUUGAGCGUCUGAAAGCGUUUGAGGAGCAUACACAAGAGAUUGAGGUAGACCUAGAAGGUUAA